AUGAAAAAUAACAAUUAUGGAAAUGUAGAAGAGCGAAUCCCACUCAUAGUGAUACAGGCUGAAGAGGGCACAACCCGAACAUCGGAAGGUGAAGAUAACGAAACCAGUGAAGUGCAAGCUGGUUCCUCGAGAGCACUGUCUGUAGCAACCUCCAGAGAAGAAGACGACGAUUCCAGUAAAGAUGCCAGCAGCGAGAGCAAGAGUCCAGGGCAGAGAACAAAGUCCAAUCAAAGAUGGAUGAAGCUACGGACAACAGUGCAAAUAAGCUCAGCUAUUCAUAAGAAGCCUACUCUAAAGAGAGAAGAUUCAUUUCUCAAAAGAUUUUCCACUCGACAGAUACCAGAAACACAGGAAACAGUAGAAGAUACGGGUUCCGAAGGUGCUACUGGUGAACACAGAAGUACUAACCGACAAAGGCGACGAAGAGUCAGAGCGCCUUCAACUGUAGUUAAUCCAGACGAAAAUUUUUAUUUCUAUUGGCUCUGGGUCAUAACCAUCUGUGUGCUUUACAAUUUGUGGACACUUAUCGUUAGACAGAGUUUCCCAGAACUUCAGAUAAUGUGUCAUUACUUCUGGCUAACUUGCGACGGUAUUGGGGAUGUAGUUUUCGCACUCGACCUUGUCGUACAACUUCGGACGGGUUACUUGGAACAAGGGCUCAUGGUAUACGACUCAAAAAAACUGGCAAAACACUAUCUUACUUCAAGAGCCUUCCUUCUGGAUAUUGCUGCACUUACUCCGUUGGAUCUGAUUCAGAUAAAAAUUGGAACCAACCCUAUUAUACGCUUUCCUAGAUUUUUGAAGGUAUAUCGAGCUGUUAGCUGUUAUUACAUGGUGGAGUCCAGAACGGUUUACCCAAACUUCUGGCGUGUGAUCAACCUGAUACAUAUUUUGCUGAUCCUAGCGCACUGGUUUGGAUGCUUCUAUUUUCUUCUAUCAGAAGCUGAAGGUUUUCAGGGCGAUUGGGCUUAUCCUCAUCGACCAGGUGACUACGCCACUUUAACAAGAAAAUAUCUUGGCUCGCUUUACUGGUCCACACUCACCUUGACGACCAUUGGAGACCUGCCUACACCUGAAACCAACGCCGACGUGCACGGAGGUCCCAAAUUUCUGCCACGUCGCGGGCUCAAGUCCCGCUUGCUGCAGUUUCGAUCCAACCGAGGAUAUAUUUUCACUAUCGUCAGCUACUUGAUUGGAGUGUUCAUUUUCGCCACCAUUGUUGGUCAAGUUGGCAACGUUAUAACUAACCGAAAUGCCAAUAGACUAGAAUUUGAGAGGUUGCUCGAUGGAGCUAAAACUUACAUGAGACACCAUAAGGUGCCGGGUGGCAUGAAGCGACGUGUUCUCCGAUGGUACGACUACUCUUGGUCACGAGGUCGUAUACAAGGUGGAGGAGACAUUAACACUGCUUUAGGUCUUUUACCUGAUAAACUGAAAACAGAACUCGCUUUGCACGUUAAUUUGAGCGUUCUCAAAAAGGUCACCAUUUUUCAAGAAUGCCAACCAGAGUUUCUACACGAUCUAGUUUUAAAGAUGAAAGCCUACAUUUUUACACCUGGUGAUUCUAUAUGUCGUAAAGGUGAAGUAGCUCGAGAGAUGUUUAUAAUAGCAGAUGGUAUUUUAGAAGUGAUAUCGGAAACAGGUCGAGUACUAACUACAAUGAAGGCAGGCGAUUUCUUUGGGGAAAUCGGAAUUUUAAAUUUGGACGGACUAAAUAAACGGACAGCUGAUGUUCGUUCUGUGGGAUAUUCUGAACUAUUCUCACUGUCACGCGAAGACGUCUUAGCUGCUAUGAAGGAUUACCCUGAAGCACAGGAAAUUCUUCAAACACUUGGCAGAAAACGAUUGCAAGAGGCGAAAAAUAUGUCACGUCAGAGAGUUAAAGGUGAACACAGUCCGGAUAAAACAGCUGGCGACGAUAGCACAUCUAAACGAAUAGUACAUAAAUUACGAACCGACGUUAAGGGAAUUCGCAAUGCAAUCCGGAGUAGAUCGAGAGCUGGACGCCGAUCGGGUGAAUCGCUGGAGCUCCAGGCAUUAUCAGGCUCAAAUCGGACGGCUGGCAGUGACGCCAAGGUACUGAGAAGGAUGCCUCGAGUAGAAAGCGAUGACUCUCAGGCCCAUAAUCAGGAGGACAAUAACGGUGAAACAACCUCAGGUAGUAAAGAAGGCGAAAAAUGCAUAUCUCCAAUAGGCGCAGGAUUACCGUUAUUGUCACGUUUGAAACUACUAAAAGAAAAACAAGAUCGCGAAGAAAAAGUCUCCAAACAGAGAACAUCUUCUGUUGCAUCAAUACUUACACCACAACCUACACCUUCAACGAGUUCAGCUCCUGACGGUGAAUCUGAAGUUAUUGGAGCAGGACUUCCACUUCUUCAACGGCUUUUAUUACUAAAAGCUAAAGAAGAAAAAGAUAAAAAUCAGUUGACACCCACAAAUAGUAACCGACAAUCAAGCUCUGAGACUAUCAGUCCGAGUUCUAUAAAAAGUCCUUUAAGUCCCACUAUAAAAGCAUUAAGCCCAAUUAGAAAAGGAUCAGAAUCCAGUUCUCCGGGCCGACUGCACAGUCCCACUACAAAAAUGUCAAGAAAAAAUUCUUCCGGAUCAAGUGACGGUACUACACGACCGAAAGUAAGUUUUAAGGACAAAAUUCUACAGGUUCAAAGUGACGGUACAGCUGUUUGUCAACCUCUAACUAAAGAUUUAAUAGAAAAACCAGCAGCUGUUGUUGAACCUACACCUAAAACAGAAAAUAAUCUUAUUUCUAUUCCACACUCUGUUGUAAGUAAAAUUAAAUCACCAGCUAAAGCGGUAAGUUCAACGUUUCGUGACAAACUAAGGUUGAUUCAAAGUAGCGGUUCCAAAGAAAACGAUACAAACUCAACGGAAAAGAAUAAAUUAAAUAUGGAAAAAGUUGCUUCAGAAGUAACCCCAAUUCAACCCAUUGAUGUUGACGCUAAGAAAGAAAAUAAAAAACCCUGGACAAAACUUAAAAAAGCUGCUAUAUUAGGAGAUUCAAAAAGCCAAAGUAAAUCUUGCAUAGAAGAAAAACCUAAUGUAGGUGUUACUAAAGAAAAAGUUGUUGAUAAUAAGCCUCGUCCAGAUACAUCUGUUAAUAUAUGCGUACCUAUAGUUACUACGGCGGAGCUUGUAAAGAUAGACAAUAAUAAUAUUGGAAUUGAUAGUCAUAAUGUUAAGCAUGAUAACCCUAAAAUUUGCUUGACAGGCCCUUUGGAACCCGUCCAAGAAAAGUCUUUAGAUUUAUUAUCAACAUCUCCAAAAAAAUCUAAUAUUACCACAGAAGGUGAUUUUAUAAGAACGACAAUUACAACUGAAACCAUGUUAUUACCAAAAUCAAAAAAGUACAAAUCAAUAGACGAUUUAUCCCCGGAAUAUGGAGGACUACCAUUUGUGAAAAAAUUAAAAAUCUUAAAUGAAAGACAAAAAUUAGCUGCACUAGAAAAAGUUGUCAAAUUUAGAAGUUCAAGUCUUGAUUAUGCUAGUUCGUCAGAAGAUUUGCUAUGUGAUACAUUAACAAGAAGUAAUUCAGAAGGUAGUACAAUGGACAAAAGAAGAUUUAAAAGGAAAUCAACCGAUUCGUCUGGUAGUCAAGAAUCAAAUGAAACACUAGAGAGAAGAACGCUUAAAUCUAUUUUAAAAAAAUUAUCAGAAGAUGCCACUCCUGUUCAAAGCCCUGAAAGAAGUAGAGAACUAAAGAAGUUAAUUAGAGCGCCAACUUUGGAGGGAUAUGCGGUAAGGCAUUCAAAAUUCGCAAAAAGCGUUACAUUUCAUCGUCAUACCUUACCGUCUCCUCCAACGAGUGUACCAUCAGAUAUAGAUGACGAAGUAUUUCAAAUUCCUGAUGUUAAGAAUGGUUCUAUUCCACGUGUAUGUACACCACCCACUGUUGACACUGACAUUGCAGAACCGCAAAAUCAAUUAGUAAGAUCCGAUACCGAGACUGUGUUGUCUAAUCAAGAUGCCUGUGAUAUUAAUACACGAACUGAAUAUAGCUUACGACAAAAUAAUGAUCCUAUUUACGAUAUUAAGGCAUUAAGACCAGAGGAGAUAAGAGUACCUACAGAAAAACCUAAGCUUACUUUAAUUUCAGCUGUAGCAAAUCAAAGAAAAUUAUUGCGAGGUUCUUUAGAAGAUCAGGAAUAUUUUGGUGAAGUUCUUUUAGGAAUCAAACAAGUUAUUCAAGGGCAUUUGCAUGAAGUUCAGGGUAAAUUCCAAGAAAGGUUUAAUAGUUUAGAAAACGAAGUAAGAAAACGUGACGAAAUCAUAAGCCAAUUACAAAAACGUAUUCAAGAAUUAGAAAAAUUUGGUUUGCCUGGAUUAAACCCAACAGUUCCAUCUGCUGAAACAGAAGCACAUUUGCCCUUUAAAACUAACGAUACAGGUAUUGUUAGUCAACCGCUUUCUAAAAAUUGUAGCUCGGGAAGUGAAGAAGCGUCUGGAGCUGAAGAAGGAUUCAUGAGAGGUGACUCUUUAGAUACAGUUUUCGCUACAUCACCUCCAACUGUCAGUGCCGAGGAAAUCGAGCCGCAACUACAACAAAAAGAAAAUUUUAUAGAAAUAAAUAAAACUCUCUCAAGUGAUGAUUUAACGGACGAAAAACUUACUAAAAUUACUGAAGGGAUAGAAUUAUCAAAAUUAUCUUAUUCGGAAUUACAAAGUCUAGCAGACUCUUUAUCUAAGAAAGCUGACAAAACCUUAUCUACUAAAGAAGAGUGGACUUCAAGUAAAUCUCAGAGGCUAGAUUUGAACCUCGCUGGAAAGGCUGGUACUUACUCAAGAAAACGAGUUGCGAAAUUAAAACAAAAAAAGUCUUGGGAAGACCAAAGCGACCAAGAAAAUAUGGAAAUGCAGGAUCUCACCAGGCCGAUUUCUCCGCAAAUGACGUCAGAAAAUCGUUCACUUCUUAGCCCAGAACAAUCUAGUCUUCGCACGUCAAGACGAGGAACGCAUCCCUUUCAUUUCUUUGGCACUCAUUUGGACAACACUAAAUCAAAAAUCAAAAAAACUCUUUCGGUUGAUACUGGAAUGCAUCACACCGGCACAAAAGAUAGAAAACAAGGUCAACAACGUCAAUUACGGAAGUUUAGUCUUGGGUCAUUCUUUGGUUAUAAUCGUGGGACUCAAUCGAAGCCAACAAAUAACUGUAAUGAAGUAGUUCUUGAUAUGGGCAGUGAUUACAGUUGGAGUGACACGACUUCAACAUCAUCAAGCAGUGACUCUGAAUCGAUCCCGAGGACACCAGUUUUUGAAGAAUUUGUAGAAAAUACUUCUCGUCGCGUCCGGGCUGGUAGCUCCAGUCACGGAAGCAUUUCUCCAAUUGGAGGAAGAGGAGGUGACUGGGAAGUAAUGAUGUUAGCCAAUGAAUUAGAAAAAAGAGAACGUGAGAAAGAGAGGGAAGAUAGGCGACAUCACUACCCAACCACGCUCCGAGACUUAGAAGAGGAAUCAGAUACCCUGCAAAGAGAUGAUAGCCCCGAUGAAUUUUCAAACAUUGACGACUCAAAUUCUUCCUCUACGACACAUCUUCUUUCACAAACUGCUAGCGAAACAUCUUCGAGAUCAAUUGAAACAUCGUUCACUGACAGAAGUAGCCACUCUAUGAGAGAACCUAGACAGCAGCGUAUUGGAUCCGUUGGAGAACAGACUACACGAGACAUAUCUGUACACCAGUCAAGAGGCCUGAUAUUACGAGCAGCAAGUUUAGACAGAGCUACUGCACCCACAACUUCGCAUACAAGGCGUUUUGGCUCACUAAAGAGUUCAAGUACCGAUUCCCAUAAAAGACUCUGA